AGACGAUUUUCUCACAUGCCUCUUGGGGUGGGGGUGUGCAGUGGCCCGGAGCUGGCCCACAGGGAUUGGUGGCGGGACCGCCAGGAGGCGGAACUGAGGGCGAGCGGCGCUGGAGUCCCGCGGACUGUCACUGCCAAGGCGCCCGCCGACCCGGAAGGAGCUGCGGAGAGCUGGGGCCGCGGCAGCCAUACCGCUUUGCAGAGCCGGCUCGGAGCGUGUAGUGCGGACGCGGAGCGGGGAGUCGCGUUCUCUGGAGUGGCAGGGUUGUAUAAAAAAACCGGUAAACUGGUAUUCCUUGGGCUGGACAAUGCGGGAAAAACGACGUUGCUGCACAUGCUCAAAGAUGACAGGCUUGGCCAGCACGUCCCGACACUGCAUCCCACUUCAGAAGAACUCACUAUUGCUGGCAUGACUUUUACGACUUUUGAUCUGGGUGGGCACAUCCAAGCCCGAAGAGUAUGGAAAAACUACCUUCCUGCUAUCAAUGGCAUCGUAUUUCUUGUGGAUUGUGCAGACCAUGAAAGGCUGUUAGAAUCAAAAGAAGAACUUGAUUCACUGAUGACAGACGAAACCAUUGCCAAUGUGCCUAUACUAAUUCUUGGAAAUAAGAUCGACAGACCCGAAGCCAUCAGUGAAGAGAGGUUACGAGAGAUGUUCGGCUUAUAUGGGCAGACAACAGGAAAGGGCAGUGUGUCGCUGAAGGAGCUGAACGCCAGGCCUCUGGAAGUGUUCAUGUGCAGUGUGCUGAAAAGACAAGGCUAUGGAGAAGGCUUCCGCUGGAUGGCCCAGUACAUCGAUUAGCAGCCUUCCUGCCCACUCACAUCCAGGCCUCUGAGAUCCAUCCCCCAACAUGCAUAACUUGAAUUCAAUAGACUUUUGUUGGUUUCAGAAUAGGAGUUUUUUAGAUUAUUAAUAUAUCUACCUGAGUGGGAAUUGCAAACUGAUUCAAGUUUGAAUAUCACAAUGUUAGCUUUCUAAUUCCAUACAGAUAGUUUUUACAGUUUACAGCCCCACAUCAACCCCGUCACCGUUUAUAAAGAUCAGCUUCCCAGCGGUACAUUUGAAGCACUUUUUAACGAUGUGAAACUACAAAUAUAAACCAUAUUUAAAAGCUCAUCAUGUGAAACUUUUAUGUACUUUUUGGAAAUAGUUUUUCAAUUUUAGAUUGUCUGCCUAUCUUAUGUACAGUUAAAAUCCGCUUAUCAGUGAUUGCAUGAUGCCUUACCGUUUUCAAGACUACUUUUUCUUAUGCAAACGUCAUGCAAUAAAACAAACUCCAACGUUUGG